AGUUUAACACAGUAGUAAUUUUUUAAAAUGUCAAGUGUAGCUACUUCGUGCUACGACGACGCAUGCGCAGCUAAUUUAAGUCAAUGGUCCGCGUUGUUAUUUUUGCAGUUGGUUAAUAGUUUAUCAUCGCGGAAAUGUACUUUUAUGCAAACUAAGUUUCCGCAAAAUGUUCAGUCUACAAUCAAAGAUGGCGACGUUUAUGACUUUAUUGUGAUAGGGGCAGGUACUGCGGGGAAUGUUGUAGCUAACAGGCUAACAGAAAAUCCAAAAUGGAAGGUGUUAGUGUUGGAAACAGGAAGUUAUCCUAUCGCAGAUACAGAAAUACCCUUCAUGUACUUUGGAGUACACACCGACGAAAUAAACUACAUCUACAACACAGAAGUAGCCAACAAUUCCUGUCAAGGCUUCAAAGGUGACAGCUGCGUCUGGCUAGGCGGAAAAAUCCUCGGAGGCUCCUCCACCAUCAACACCAUGAUGUACCUCCAUGGUCAACGAGCAGACUACGACGCCUGGGAACUCCUCCACGGCGCAAAGAACUGGCGCUGGGGAGAAGUCUUGAAAUACUUCAAAAAAUCCGAAAACACCACCUAUCCACCCUACAGAAACUCAUCCUACCAUGGUACCACAGGUCCCUACACCACAACCCUCACCGUAACCGAAUUCAACGUGCGGAACAUCCUCUACGAAGCCGGGAAUGAAAUCGGCUUGCAAAAAAUCACAGAUGACAGCUACCCACAGAUAGGAAUCUACGACUCCCUCUUAUCCACAGAAAAUGGAAGGAGGUUAACCACAGCAGACGCCUUCCUAAGUAAAUACAAAGACAGAGAGAACCUAUUCAUGUCAUUAGAAACAUCAGCAUCCAAAGUAUUAUUCGAUAAGAAUAAAAACGCGAUUGGAGUACAAGUGAAGACAUCUACCGGAGAAUUAAUCAACCUACGAGCUAAGAAUGAGGUUAUAAUCUCAGCUGGUACCAUAGUCAGUCCACAGAUACUCAUGCAGAGCGGGAUAGGCGAUCGGGACCAUCUAACAAAAUUCGGGAUCAAGACUAUUGUUAAUCAGAAACACGUCGGGAUGAAUGUCAAAGACCACCUGGCUACAUUCCUCCUACUAAUCAGGGUUGAUGCUGAAAUUGAAGCCGGGUUGAAAUCCAAGAUGGAUUCCGCUUACGAGUACUUCCAGCAUAAUGAUGGAAGUUAUUCUGGGAUAGGUUUAGUAAGCACUACGAUAUUCGCCAACACCAGGGACCCAAAUGCUACUCUACCGAAUAUCCAGGUUCAUUUAACAGAAUACCGUCAGAAUGAUGACUUCCUACUCCCGAAUGUCCUCAAUGGUAUGGCUUUCUCUGAAACAGCAAGCGCGGCCAUCUUGGAAGCGAAUAAGAACUCUGUGUUGUUCAGUUUUGGGGUUACGUUGCUCUAUCCGAAGAGUACAGGUCUCAUCCGGUUGAAUUCAACGGACCCUUUUGCAUAUCCAUCGAUAACAACAGGAUAUUUAACGGAUCCGGAUGAUAUAGAGGUAUUGUUGGAGGGGAUUGAAUUUGGGAAGCAGUUGAUGUCUACCGAGGCGUUCAGGAGAUACAAUGCUGAGUAUUUGAGGUAUCAGACGGAUAAUUGUGAAGGGUUUGAGUAUGAUACAAGAGAUUUCUGGGUUUGUUUCUUGAGGGAUUAUGCGGGGAGUAUUUAUCAUCCAACGGGGAGUGUUAAGAUGGGUGGGGGUAAAAGACCGGAUUCAGUUGUUGAUGAAAAGUUGAAGGUUAUAGGGGUUAAGAAGUUGAGGGUGGCUGAUUGUAGUAUUAUGCCGGAUAUUGUUGGGGGGAAUACAAUGGCGCCGGCGGUUAUGAUUGGUGAGAAAGCUGCGGAUAUGAUUAAAACAGACUGGGGGUAUCCUAUUACUCCUUUGAGUUAAUGAUAGAUAAUAGUAUAAGUAUUGUCAUGUGUGCCUAUAGAAAUUAUAUGGGCAUAUGCGACAGUACUUAUUAUAUGCAAAUGUAUUGUAACACAGUUUAAUAGAGAUUUAUAUGGAAGAAGUCCAAUAAGUAUUGUCACUAGUGUCUAUUGAAUUCAUAUGGAGGCGAGCGACAUUACUAAUUAUAUCCAAGUGUGAUUUUUUCUUAAAAAGGGGUCCAAACCGCGACACUACUAAAUAUUUGCAAAUAAAUAAAUACCAUAAGCAAUUA